AUGUCGCUUGUCGCCUUCUUUCCCUCUGGUCGUAUCCCGCAGUCCGUAGUUGUUCGACUCCACGCGGAACCGGCGAUUCCAUUCGGAUCAAAGCUUCGAGUGGUGCUUAGUAAUGCUCAUGGCGGUAAGGGUGUUCUUGAUCCGGCUGCCAAAGACAAACCUCGGACGAACUUCCUCAACAUACGAAACGAGAAAAUCCUGCAAGUUCUGACAUCACCACCUUCGACAGGUUCCGGACUAUCCACUGGAGCACUCUACAUCUAG